UCCGACCCCACGUCGACUGCGAGGACCCUGCAUCUCUCCCAGACGAACACGAUCCCGAGAUCUCGAAGCUCAAGAUCGGCAAUCCCUCCCACACAGACCCGUCAUGGCGCAAUCCGGGUACUCGAAUCCGCUGAAGAAGUUCAAGCUGGUCUUCCUGGGCGAGCAGAGCGUGGGCAAGACGUCGCUCAUCACGCGCUUCAUGUACGACUCGUUCGACAACACGUACCAGGCGACCAUUGGCAUCGACUUCCUGUCCAAGACAAUGUACCUCGAGGACCGCACCGUGCGGCUCCAGCUCUGGGACACGGCCGGGCAGGAGCGCUUCCGCUCGCUGAUCCCCUCGUACAUCCGCGACUCGUCCGUGGCGGUGGUCGUGUACGACAUCACCAACAAGAAGACGUUUGAGAACACGCGCAAGUGGGUCGACGACGUGCGGGGCGAGCGCGGCAACGACGUCAUCAUCGUGCUGGUGGGCAACAAGACGGACCUGAACGACAAGAGGGAGGUGACGACGGCGCAGGGCGAGGAGGAGGCCAAGAAGAACAACCUCAUGUUCAUCGAGACGAGCGCAAAGGUCGGGCACAACGUCAAGGCGCUGUUCAAGAGGAUCGCGCAGGCGCUGCCGGGCAUGGAGGGCGAGGGCCAGCAGGGGCAGAGUCAGAUGAUUGACGUCAACAUCAACCCCAGCCAGCCGCAGGAGCAGAACUCGUGCUCGUGCUGAGCGCCGAGCGUGUUGCAUCGCGUAGAGCGUGUUGUAAUUAUUUGCGUUGUAUUCACCCGCAUCAUUCACCCACAUUGAGCAAGGCGUUCACGGGCAGGGCUGCAGUAUAGGAGCUAUCAGCCUACUCACACAACCAAUCCAUCAUCAUCAUCA